AUGGGAACCAAACCAUCGAAAAGAAACAAAAUGAAGAAGGGGGUCACUCCCAUGGAGGGGAGUGGGGCGCCGCUAGCAGCGAUGCUGGGGGGUGUAGCGAGCGCCGGGGCGGACGAUGAAGAUGAGGAUGAGGAGGAGGAGGAGGGGGGGAGCGAGAAAGAUCUUGACGGUCCGCUCUGCGCUCUGGUGCAGAACUGCAGCAUGCUACACAACAUCGUGGGCCCCGCCUGUAUUUUCCUCAGACAGGGUUUCGCCCGGUCCCAGCUUGACAGGGAUCUACGCCCAGAGGAAAUCGAAGAGCUGAAGGAGGCCUUUAAAGAGUUUGAUAAAGAUAAGGAUGGAUUCAUUAGCUGUAAGGAUCUGGGGGAAUGUAUGAGAACCAUGGGAUACAUGCCCACAGAGAUGGAGCUGAUCGAACUCAGUCAGCAGAUCUGCGGCGGCAGAGUGGACUUUGAGGACUUUGUGGAUCUGAUGGGCCCUAAGAUGUUAGCAGAGACAGCAGAUAUGAUCGGGGUGAAAGAACUGAGAGAUGCUUUCAGAGAGUUUGACUCUAACGGUGACGGACAGAUCAGUCUGGCCGAGCUGAGGGAGGCGAUGAAGAAGCUGAUGGGGGAGCAGCUGAACCACAGAGAGAUGGACGAGAUCCUGCGAGACGUGGACCUCAACGGAGACGGCCUGGUGGACUUUGAGGAGUUUGUGCGUAUGAUGUCACGCUGA